AUGGCUUCCCUUUUAUAUUCCUCAGGCACUACCGAUGAUGAGUCUUUGAUGGUAGUACAGACCGACAGUCAUGUCCAAUCGCAUGUUUGCUCCGUCUGCACACAACAUCCGGAGAGCUUCAGCUCGCUCCCAUACCCAGGCAUUCGCCCAGUUGGACCCCAAUAUAGAGUUCCGCGGUCUGUCGCAGACAUAGUCGCUAGCUAUAAUAGUGGUUGUCAUUUCUGCACAUUGCUAUUGGGAUGUGCAGACGCAAAAUUGCGCACUCCAAUACGGCAUGGAACGCCUACAUUCAUCCGAUUCGACGGAGCAGUUGGCGCAUACCCUGACCCAGAACAGUAUUCUAAGCUGGAAUAUAGUGUUCUUGACGAUGAGAAUAAAGUUCUUGUUGGUUUCAUGGUUUGCUACUGCCCCAGCUUAGUCCAAAACUCAUAUUACGCCACGAUUUCGGCCAGAAUCCGAGUCGAACAUGUCACCCUAAGCCACAGGUGGAGUAGGGAGCACAUGCCGAAGUUGCUUAGCUUCAACGUUGCAUCCAUGAGAUCUCAUGUGCCUGCCGAGAGCGUCGCAGGAUCAUUCGCUGAUGCAGUGACUGUCGUAAGACGGCUCGAUAUAAGAUAUCUAUGGAUCGAUGCCCUCUGUAUCGUCCAAGAUGAUGUGGACGACUGGAGGAGAGAGUCAGCCAUGAUGGGAGAAAUAUACAAGGGGGCGGCCUGUAAUCUCGCAGCCACCGCUGCCGGAGAAAGAGAGAAUCCCGAUACUCUGUUUAUCGAUGGAGCCCCUCUUUUGAAAUCGAUCCUGACUACAGAAAUCAAAGGCACGACCUACCACUUCUUUACUGAGACGACGGAGCUAUCCUUUCUGUCCCUCGCGACGCUGAACACGCGAGGACGGGUCCUCCAAGAACGGCUUCUGAGCCCCCAAUUGUCCAUUUUAGCGACUAGUUGUACUGGGAAUGCUGCGAGCUCCGAGCAUCAGAGGCAUUUCCUGCAGGGUGUCCAGACUUAG